AGUUCUUUGCCUAAAGGAAAAAAAGUAGUCUCGUGAAGGGCCCAAAUCUGCUUCAAUCUCUUUUGCACUCGUUGCGCGAUAAACCCUAGUAACGCCACCACCUACCGUCUUGGCCUUCUUCCCUACGAGCAACAAUGGCUUCCAGUGAUCAUACCAUACUGCAAUUUUCACCAUCUUCAACCGGCAUAUCCGCAAAGGUUCACCCUUUAGUCAUAUUCAACAUAUGUGACUGCUUUGUCAGACGUCCCGAUCAAGCCGACCGAAUCAUUGGCACUCUUCUUGGAUCAGUAUUACCUGACGGUACUGUAGACAUUCGCAAUUCCUAUGCUGUUCCACAUAGCGAGUCACAAGAUCAGGUUGCCUUGGAUAUUGAUUAUCAUCACAAUAUGUUAUCAUCUCAUCAGAAGGUGAAUCCAAAGGAAGUCAUUGUUGGAUGGUUUUCUACUGGUUUCGGAGUCACAGGUGGUAGUGCUUUGAUUCAUGAGUUUUUUUCUAGAGAAACUACAAAUCCGAUACAUUUGACCAUUGACACUGGAUUCACAAAUGGAGAAGCUUCUGUAAAAGGUUUUGUUUCUGUGCAUUUGUCUAUUGGAGAUCAGCAGCUUGCUGCACAAUUUCAGGAAAUUCCAUUGGAUCUGCGCAUGGUUGAAGCUGAAAGGAUUGGAUUUGAUAUACUUAAGACGACUGCGGUAGAGAAACUUCCCAACGAUCUUGAAGGAAUGGAAGCCUCAAUGCAACGAUUACUUGCUCUGAUUGAUGACAUCUACAAAUAUGUUGAUGAUGUUGUGGAGGGACGCGUGCCACAAGACAAUAAAAUUGGAAGGUUCAUAUCUGAUACCGUGGCUUCCCUUCCCAAGCUCUCAUCUCAAGAUUUCGAUAAGCUUGUUAAUGAUGGUCUCGAGGAUCAAUUGCUCUUGCUCUAUUUGGCAAGCCUCACAAGGACACAACUGAGCUUUGCAGAAAAACUGAACACUGCUGCCCAAAUCCUGUGAUGAUGAUUUUGUAGUGCAACAUGAAAAAUUUGUCUAGGUAACUGAUUUUCGGUCAAGAACGAAUGAUAUGAGGUUUGGUCCUUUUGACCAACAGGGUGUCACCAGUUUGGAGAGUUGUAUGCUAUAUUUCGUUAUUAGUUUACAUUGUAGCCUCGUUGAUUUCCCCCUCGAUUUGUACAAGAUAAAUACCAUAAAUGGUGAAGACUGAGGUAUACCUUAGCCUACUUUGAUCUAUUGAGGAUGUGGUUUAAUCUUUUUUUGAAUGUCCCUGAAAUCAUUUUAUUGA